UAUUAAUUAUAAUGAAGAACCCUUUUGGAAAACUUUAACUAAUAAAAAUGAAUUCAUACCAAAACGAUGGAGAUUUUGAAGAGGAUAAUCCCUAUUUCUAUUGUCAGGGAAGUUUUCUUAGUUAUGAUUCCAAAAUAGAUAUCGAUUAAUAUUUCAACACUCAUCAAAAUCUUGCUGAAACUAAGGUAUAGGGUUAGAUAGAAUAAAAUGAGAAGGCAAAUUCUUAAGAUGAGGAAUAGUUCAUUGUAGGAGAGAUUCAAAAUAUAGAAGUACCUAUUGAAAAUUAGAUUUUUAAAAAAAAAAAGGGUAAAAACUUCCCUAAACAGAUAGGAAAUUAUUUGAUUAAACAUAUCAAACAAUUUCCUGAAUAAGAAAUUCCAAUUGGAAUUCAAUAACUUAAAAACUAAGCAGAUUUAAUGAAAAAAAAUGGAAAACAAUUAUCUUUUGCUAUUUCAGAUUUCCGAAAUGCAUGUUAAGAUAAAAAAAGUUAGAAAUAUUUGAAGGAUUUUUUAAAAAAUAAAUUGCCUCUUUACUAAGUUCACAGUAAUAUGAUUUAUGAUCCUACUGAAAAUUAUGGUUUGAUCGUUAAUGCAUAUGUUGGAGCUUGUAAUCCUUAACUUUGGAAAGGAAACUCUUAAAUUGAGAGGAUUAAGUGAUG